AUGCCACUACCAGAUAGUUCAGUUCUUCAAGAUCUAAAUAAUAGAUUAGUAAAUGAGGAACUAAACUACGAUAAAGAUUCUUUAAGAAUAGAGCACAUGAAGUUACUGCAAAAGCUAAAUCAAGAUCAGAGGAUGGCUUUUGACGUUAUAAUAGAAUCAGUCAACGACAGUCUUGGAAAAUUGAUUUUUGUUGACAGAUAUGGUGGAACUGGAAAGACAUUUCUGUGGAAAGCAGUCACGACAAAAUUAAGAUCUGAAGGAAAAAUAGUUCUAGCAGUUGCUUCAAGUGGUAUAGCAGCACUUCUUUUACAAGGUGGAAGAACAGCUCAUUCAAGAUUUCACAUUCCCCUCAAGAUCACUAAUGAGUCCACAUGCAACAUCAAGCAAGGAACAUUUCUUGCGGAGCUAAUAAAGAAAAUGUCACUGAUAAUAUGGGAUGAAGCACCUAUGACACACAAGCACUGUUUUGAGGCACUAGAUAAGAGUUUGAGAGACAUACUUCGAUUCACAUACGAGGACGCAGAGCAUAGACCAUUUGGAGGAAUGACAGUAGUCUUGGGAGGUGACUUCAGGCAAAUCCUACCAGUUAUACCGAAGGGGAAAAGGGAACAUAUCAUUUCUGCAUCAAUAAAGAGAUCCUACCUAUGGAAGAACUUUGACGAGUACCGACUCAAAGAAAAUAUGCGUCUAAAUUCAUCCGAAGGUAGUCCAGAAGAGAAAGCAAAAACAGCUGAAUUCGCAAACUGGAUACUAAACAUCGGCGAUGGCACAACAUCAACAGUAGAUGAAGAGGAUUGGGUUAGCAUCCCAGAGGACCUUAUUUUACAUGAAGGAGAUGACCCGAAAGCAUCUAUUGUUAACACCACCUACCCCGACUUACACAGAAAAUACACUGAUAGAACAUACCUAGAGGAAAGAGCGAUCUUGUGCCCAAGAAACGAGACUGUUGACCAGAUUAAUGCCUACAUCAUGAGUCAAAUUCCUGGAGAAGAGACCAUGAACUGA